AUGUUAAAUAAUGGUUGUAAAAGAGGUAGAUAUGCUGAAGGAGAGUUGUUGAAGGUGGAUUUGAAUUGUUGUAGUUGCAGUGUGUGUGAAUUUAUAAUGUCUGAUAUUGAUACUAAGGAGAAAUUGACAUUAGAGGAUGACGGUUCUGAGUUUGAAGUUGCAGUUGGAAAACAGCAACAACAAGAACAUAAGCAACAGCAGGAAUUGAGGAUGAAUAGGAAGAGUAAGAAUGGUGAAGUUAAGGAGAGGAAAUAUUCUUUAUGGAACUUUUGGUUAAGUUCGUUGUGUUUGAAACUUUUGUUAUUUCCUGAUUAUUAUAGUACUGAUUUUGAUGUUCAUAGGAAUUGGAUGGCUAUAACAAAUGCUUUACCGAUUAGUAAGUGGUAUUUUGAGAAUACAAGUCAAUGGACAUUGGAUUAUCCUCCAUUUUUUGCUUACUUUGAAUGGUUUUUGUCACAAUUUGUUCCAAAGAUAGUUCGUGAUGAUGGCUGUUUAGAUAUUGUAGAGGUUGGUCAAUUUGGUUGGCCAACUGUCGUAUUUCAAAGACUAACUGUGAUUAUCAGUGAAAUCUGUCUUUUUGCUGUUUUACAGUAUUAUAUCAAUACUAGUAAUUUGAAUGAAAGAACUCAAAGUUUUGUAGUGGCAUCUUCGAUUGUUUUAUCACCUGGAUUUUUAAUUGUUGAUCAUAUUCAUUUCCAAUAUAACGCAUUUUUAUUUUCGAUUUUAAUUGCUUCAAUUGUUGCUGCUAAGCAGAAGAAAUACAUUGCUUGUGCUGUCUUCUAUACCAUUGCUUUAUGUUUUAAGCAUAUUUUCUUAUAUUUGGCACCAUGCUAUUUUGUCUUUCUUUUAAGGGCGUAUGUAUUGAACUUUAAAGAUUUUAAGUUUAAAAGUUACAAAGAUUUGAUAUUUAUCGUUCAAUGGAGAAGAUUGCUUAAGUUGGGUUCUAUUGUACUUGGUAUCUUUGGAAUUUGUUUUGCUCCUUUCAUUUUCCAAAUGCCUCAAGUUUUGAGUAGACUUUUCCCAUUCUCUAGAGGUUUAACCCAUGCUUAUUGGGCUCCAAAUUUUUGGGCUAUUUACUCAUUUUUGGAUAAAAUUUUGGCUGUGGUAAUGUUGAAAUUCCCUUACGUUCAUAGAUUUAUUUCAAAAUUCAUUUCUUCUCCUUUGAUUCCUUCAUCAAUUGCUGAAAUAAAAUUGAGAAUGGAGGAAAAUAACAAUGGUUCUAAAGGUUUAGUUGAGGAUGUGUUCUUUGUUAUUCUUCCUCAAAUCCAACCAAAAUUAACAUUCUUGUUGACAUUAUUCUAUCAAAUUUUGGCUGUCAUCCCAGUCUUAUUCAAUCCUUCUUUCAAGAGAUUUAUUGGUUCUCUAACUCUAUGUGGAUUAGCUUCAUAUCUAUUUGGAUGGCACGUACAUGAAAAGGCCAUCUUAUUGGUAAUCAUUCCAUUCUCAUUCUUGGUUGUGUGUGACAGAAGAUUGUUAUCUUCCUUUAUGUUGGUUGCAUCAGCAGGUUAUGUAUCAUUAUUCCCAUUGUUAUAUGAAAAUCAAGAUUUCUUAGUUAAGUCAUUAUACACAUUUGUCUGGUGUAUUGUCUAUUUCUUUGCUUUUAGAAAGACUACACAAUAUUCAACCAGCAUACAAAGGAGAAUAUUUUUCUUAGAUCGUUUAGCCAUGAUCUACAUUUCUUCAUUAUUAGUGAUGGUAUGGAGUAUCGAAACACUAGAUCUUCUAAAGAUCAAUCAUCAAUUCUUGGCUCGUUUUGAAUUUUUGGGAUUGAUGACAUACAGCGUAUACUGUUCUGUCGGUAUCAUCAGUUCAUGGAUUGGAUUAUCUUGGUUAUACAACUUUGACGAACCAUUAUGGCUAAGUUGA